GUCACUAAAAGUUAGACCCAGACCCUCACGCUGGUGUUUAUCGUUUUCUAGUAUUUGUAUGGCAAUUGUGCCCUCGAGAAUGAGCCAACAGGAUGAGAGCAGCAACAACAAUAAUCAUCGUCGUCACGAGGAAGACGACGAGGAAACCGACGACCAUGAACACGACGUUGUCAUGCCCGGAUUCCGCUUCCACCCCACGGAGGAAGAGCUUGUCGAGUUCUACCUUCGCCGUAAGGUGGAGGGCAAGCCUUUCAACGUUGAGCUCAUCACUUUUCUCGAUCUUUAUCGCUACGACCCAUGGGAACUUCCUGCAUUGGCGGCUAUAGGGGAGAAGGAGUGGUUCUUCUAUGUGCCGAGAGACCGGAAAUAUAGGAACGGGGACAGGCCGAACAGGGUGACAACGUCGGGGUACUGGAAGGCCACCGGCGCCGACAGGAUGAUCCGGAGCGAGAAUUUCCGGUCGAUUGGGCUGAAGAAGACACUGGUUUUCUACACCGGGAAAGCCCCCAAAGGGAUCCGGACUAGCUGGAUUAUGAACGAGUACCGCUUGCCUCACCACGACACUGAACGCUUACAAAAGGCUGAGAUUUCUCUUUGCCGAGUCUACAAACGAGCCGGAGUGGAAGACCACCCAUCACUGCCGCGCAGCCUUCCCACGGCGAGGGCAACGCCGUCCGCUUGCCGGCCUCCGCCGCACGCGGCCAAGAAGCCGCCGCACCACUCCCUACCGCCUUUCGAGUUCCCCAGAACCACCGCCAACAUGGAAGCCGCUGCCACUUCUCUCGUCCUCUCCCAACCCACCAAUUCAAUGAACUCAUACACCCCCGCCCCGCCGGCGCCGCCUUUGGCGGCGGCGGUGGCUUCCGAAGAAGAAAAAUUGCUUCUAACUUCUCCCGUCGUCUUCCCCGGCGGUUCCUCCUCUCCGGCGGCCCCCUUCGCCGCCGUCGAUGACCUCCAUAGGCUAGUGAACUUACACCAAGUUGCCGCACCCCAACAUUUUCUCACGCCCCAGUUCUCCCCUUUGCAAUUGCAGCCGCCAUUAACGUUCCCCGAUAGGCUGUGGGAUUGGAGCUCACUGGCGCCGCCGCCGGAGCAAAACAAGGACUAUGGAGCCUCCAACCCAUUCAAGUAAUGCAUUGCACAUAUAAAUUAUUGCUACCUUAUUUCUAUAUAUAUAUAUAAAUAUGUACAUGGAUAUAUAUAUAUAUGUUUUUAUCUCUUU